AUGGAAGAAUAUAGAAACAAUAGUGAAGAAAGAAAAAAAUCAGAAGAUAUUUGUAAAAAAAAGUUAAGUGAUUUAAAAAAGAAUUUUGUUAUUGAUUAUAAAAACUCUAAGCAUGAGUUCAUUUUUUUAAAAGAAAACGAAAACAAAAAAAGAGAAAUUGAUGAAGAUAAUUUUUAUAUUGAAAAAAAAAUAAAAGAUAAUAAAAUGCCUGACUCAGUAUAUAAUAAAGAAAAAAGUGAGUCAAUUAUUGACUUUGAUAAUAUUGAUGUCAGUGAAUACAAAAAUAUUAUAAGUAAUUCAUACAGUUCAGAUGAUUGUGAUGAUCAGUCAGAUGAUAGUAGUCAAAAUGGAGAAUUACUUGAAAGUUAUGAUAAAAGAAAAUCACAUAUUUUUCAAAAACAUGGUGAUGACAGUCUUAAAAAUAUAUCUGAUAUAAACCCUCAAAAUGUAAAUAUGAAUAAUAAAAAAAAUAAUGAAGCGCUUAAUUUAGGAAAUCAUGAAAAAAAGAAAAAUAAUGAAAUUGAAAAUCUAAAAACAUCUGAAAAUAUUGAAAUCUUGAAAACGGAUGAAAUCAUUAAUACAAAUAAUAAAAUAAAUUUAAAUACUUAUUUAUAUGUUAGAUUAAAAACUAAUGAUUCCACUAAUAAUAUUUUUAAAUGUAGGAUAGAUAGAAAUAUAACUGUAAAAAAAUUGAAAAAAUGCUUGAAAAAAAUAUUGAAUACUGAAAAUGAGUACAGAAUUAUAUAUAGAGGUAGAUUAUUAAAAGAUAUGGAAAAUUUAUCGAAGUAUAAUAUAAAAUUUAAUGAUAUCAUAUAUGUAAUAAAACUUAAUAGAAAAAAAAAUGGAAAUGAUGUAGCAUUAGAUUCUGGAAUUACAAGUUCUCAGCUGAGUACAAUAAAAGAUGAAUAUAAUGAUUUAGGAAAAUUUUCAGAUAACGAUAACAUAUCAAAAUUAAUUUCGUAUAUGUUUGAUCAUAGUGAUUUUAUUAAAUCAAUAAUGGAUUCAAAUAAGCAACUUCAGAAGUUAAGAGAAAAAAAUCCAGAUUUAAAUCAUAUGUUAAAUGACUCACAAGCCUUAAAGCAGUCAUUUGAAAUGAUUAAAAAUCCAUCUUUAAUGAAAGAAUUAAUGAGAAACACUGAUAGAGCAAUAAGUAAUAUAGAAGCUAUACCUGGUGGGUUUAAUACCUUGAGAAGAAUGUAUCAUAAUAUUCAAGAACCAAUGUAUUCAUCAAAUGAUAGAUUAAAUGAAAAAAAAAUGAAUAAAAUAAAACAAUAUGACUUAAACUCAUCAUCUCCUCCUACAAGUGAAGCUUUUCCUAAUCCAUGGGCCACAAAAGAAAAAAAUUCUAAAAAUCAAAAUAGUUAUAAUAACCUUGAAAAAUGUCUUCUUAUGAAUAAUAAUAAUCCUUUUAAUAAUAGUAAUGAUAUGUUUAAAAUGAAUAAUAAGAAUAAUGAAGAUAAAUUGAAUAAUAAUAUUUUUAAAACUAAUAUAAUUGAUUUAUUACAGAAAUAUCAAACUCCUUCAAAUAAAUCAAAUAAUAUAAAAUAUGAUAAAAAAAAUAUUUUAGCAAAUAAUGAAGUUGAGAAUAAAAAAAUUAUGCCAAAUAACGGAGGUUAUGAAAACAAUUUAAACUUAUUUAAUAGUGCAUUUUUUAAUAAUAAUAUUAUUAAUAACAUAAUAGAACAAAACAAAAAAAAUGAAAAUACAAAUAUUAAUAAAUCGAGCAACUCUAAAGUAAAUAAUGCGUCCAAUUUAUUAAAUCAUAUAAUUUCAAAUUUAAAUAAAAAUUUGAAUAUAAACGAUUUAGGAUUCAAUAGGAAUUCACAUAAAAAUGUAGACGAUGGCCUGAGUGUAUUUAAUUCUCCAAAUAAUGCUACUAAUUCUAUUCUUAGUAAUAAUAAUAAUAAUAAUAAUAAUAAUAAAAAUGAUAACACAAAGGAAAAUGAUAAUACUAUUUCUUUGAAUAAUAAUAGUGAAUGUAGAAAAGACUCUGUUGAACUAGAAAAAAAUGUUUUAUCUGAUUUAGUGACAUUUACAAAAGAUGAUAAUAAUUUACAUAAUCAAAAUAUUGAUACUUCUAUGAAUGUAAUUAAUAAAAAAGAAGAUAUAAAUAAAAGUAAUGAAACAUCUGAUAAUUAUAAAGAUAGUUUAAAUAUUAAUAUAAAUAAAAUUAGUGAAAAUAUAAAUAUUAAUAAUGAAAAUAUUAAUAAUGAAAAUAGUAAUAAUAAAAAUAGUAAUAAUAAAAAUAGUAAUAAUAAAAAUAGUAAUAAUGAAAAAUCAGUAAACGAAAAUAACUCUAAUUUAACACCCAAUUAUGUUAAUAACGAAAAUAGAAAAGAAGAAAUUUCUAAUAAUAUUGAUUUAAUGGAGAGUAAAGAUAAUGAAAAUAACAAAAAUUUAUAUAACUUAAAUAUAGUUGAUCAAAUGAAUAACUUAGAAAUAAAAAAUAUUGCUGAAACAAUAAAAUUAUUAAGAUGUGGCAAUAAUAACAUGAAUGAACAAAAUUUUUACAAAUUAUAUGCUGAAGAAUUAAAUUCAUUAAAAUUAAUGGGAUUUACAGAUACACAAAAAUGCAUAAAGGCGUUAGUUGACACAAAAGGAAACAUAGAAAGGGCUAUUGAUUUACUAUUAGAUGAUAUUAAUUCAAAUAAAAAUUAA